GCCCAGCAGAAUCAGCAGAAGCAGGCACGGGUCCUGGGGAUGGGAAUAUGGGGGGGGAGGGCAGACAGAGACCCCCACUCUCUGUGUCUGGCAGAUCUACCGGCGCUGCUGGCUGGUCUUCAGGAAAUCCUCCAGCAAAGGGCCCCAGCGCCUGGAGAAGUACCCGGAUGAGAAGUCUGCAUGCCUGCGUGGGUGCCCCAAGGUCACUGAGAUCAGCAACGUCAAGUGUGUCACCCGGCUGCCCAAGGAGACCAAGAGACAGGCCGUGGCCAUCGUUUUCACCGACGACUCCGCCCGGACCUUCACCUGCGACUCAGAGCUGGAGGCGGAGGAGUGGUACAAGACGCUGUCAGUGGAGUGCCUGGGCGCCCGCCUGAACGACAUCAGCCUGGGGGAGCCCGACCUGCUGGCGCCCGGCGUGCAGUGCGAGCAGACGGACCGGUUCAACGUGUUCCUCCUCCCCUGCCCCAACCUGGACGUUUACGGCGAGUGCAAGCUGCAGAUCACCCACGAAAACAUCUACCUCUGGGACACGCACAACCCCCGGGUGAAGCUGGUCUCCUGGCCCCUCUGCUCCCUGCGCCGCUACGGCCGCGACGCCACCCGCUUCACCUUCGAGGCCGGGCGGAUGUGCGACGCAGGGGAAGGUCUCUACACCUUCCAGACGCAGGAGGGUGAGCAGAUCUACCAGCGCGUGCACAGCGCCACGUUGGCCAUCGCUGAGCAGCACAAGAGGGUCCUGCUGGAGAUGGAGAAGAAUGUCAGGCUGCUGAACAAAGGCACUGAGCACUUCUCCUACCCCUGCACCCCCACCACCAUGCUGCCCCGCAGUGCCUACUGGCACCACAUCACCGGCUCCCAGAACAUGGCUGAGUCCUCCAGCUAUGCCGGGGAGGCGUAUGCGGGCGCCCAGGCCAGCUCGGACACCGACCUCCUCAACAGGUUCAUCUUGCUGAAGCCAAAGUCCUCCAAAAGCGACAAGCCUGAGAGCAGGGAGCCCAGAUCAUCAUCCCCGUGAGCUGGGGGGCGGGGGGACUGUGGCAAGGGUCCCCUUUUUCCUCCCCAGGGGGUGGCAAGGACGCAGGCAGCCACCCCUCAGAAUCCCCAG